UUCCCAAAGGAGAAAAAACACACAUGACUCACAAAUUAUAAUAAUAUCAGCCCAAAAAGAAAAAGCAAAAAGAGAAAAGAGCAAAGGCAUCAACAACAGCCAUUUAUACUCUCAUGCUGCAAAUGCUUCUGGUUCCUCCACGUCGCUCUACUCCAAAAGUUUCCUUCCCCAUCAUCAUACCAUGACAUUAUACAACCAGUCUACAUUUACUGCUCCACCCUCUUCUCUCUCCCUUCUAAGUUUUCUUGUGCUAUGAGCUAUAGCCAAUUCUAUAGAGAAACAAUCUGAUCUUCCUUUUCAUUAUGUCAUUAUUCAAAACUGCCAAAUUCCUUUGUGAAUAGUUUAACUUCACUGCAUUGGCUACUUCCAUAGCUUUUUUUUCUUUUUUCUUUUUCUCAAACACCUAUUCUCCCAUGGAGCCAAUCUUGUUUGAGAUAUGGUUAAACACUAAAUGCAAACAUCUCUCCUGUUAGACUCAAACUUGUUGAAUCUUGAUUCACUAUGUUACGAGAAAUUAAUGUCUUCUGUUAGACUUAAACUUGUUGAUUGCUACUUCCAUAUAGCUAACUGCUGAGAGAGCCUCAUCACAAGGUCAAAGUCAAAGGCAAGCCCAUCUUGUUUCACAGGAAGAAUUAAGAAGGGUACCUAGAUCAAAUUAAGCUAGAGCUAGCUCCAUAUAUAUACAUUCAAAUAUGGAUCCUCAUGGUCAAGUGAAGGAAGAGUUUCUUGGAGAAAGUUCUUCCUUUUGUGGUGGCUAUGAUCCGCAGCCAAUACUGGUUGUUCCUCAACCAAUUGAGGGGCUUCAUGAAACUGGCCCUCCACCAUUCCUCACAAAAACAUACGACAUCGUUGAUGACCCUUCCACAAACCAUAUAGUUUCCUGGAGCACGGGGAACAACAGCUUCGUUGUGUGGGAUCCACAGGCCUUUUCCAUAACCCUUCUCCCCAAAUUCUUCAAGCACAACAAUUUCUCCAGUUUUGUCAGGCAACUCAACACCUAUGGGUUUAGAAAGGUUGAUCCAGAUAAGUGGGAGUUUGCUAAUGAGUUGUUUCUUAGAGGGCAAAAGAUUCUUCUGAAGAACAUUAGAAGGAGGAAAGCAAAUCAUCAAUCUCACGCAAUGCAGCAGCAAGGUGUAGUAGAGCCUUGUGUUGAGGUGGGGCCGUUUGGAUUAGAUGGAGAAGUUGAUCGGUUGAGGCGAGACAGGCAAGUUCUUAUGGUGGAGUUGGUGAAGCUCAGACAACAGCAGCAAAGUACCAAAUCUCACCUUCAAGAAAUGGAAGGAAGGCUUAAAAAGACUGAACAGAAACAGCAACAAAUGAUGAAUUUUUUGGCCAGGGCAAUGCAGAAUCCAAACUUCGUCCAACAAUUAGCUCAGCAAAAGGAGUACUGGAGAAAGGAGCUUGAGGAAGCUUUUUCCAAGAAGAGGAGGAGGCCUAUUGAUCAAGGGCCUAGUAAUGUUGUUGAAGUAGGUGGUGAUGAUGAGUUAUUAGGUUGUGCUGAAGAGUGUUCAAAUUUCGUUAAACUUGAACCGCAGGAAUACACUGCCAAGGUAUUAGAGUUUGAGGUACCUGAUCUACCCCUUGUUUUGAAUCUUGAUGAGGAGAAUAUUGAAAGCCAAAAGAGAAUAUUGGAGGAAGAUAAUAUUCGACUAGAAAGUAGAGAUAAAGAUAUUGAUGAAGUGUUUUGGCAAGAUUUGCUUAAUGAGGGUAUUGAAGAUCAUGGUGUACUAGGUGUUGAAGAUGUAGAUGUAUUGGCCAAUCAACUUGGUUAUUUGGCCUCUAGUCCUAAAUAGGAGAUUGUCAAGGCUGUAUUUUCUAUUAUUCAUUUGAACUAGCUGGGUGACAGUAUCUCCUUAUAAUUCCUUAGAUAUAUACUUUCUGACCAGUUUUUGUGUUGAUACUCAAGAUAUACUAGCUAGACUUAAUUUCUUGGCCCAAAUUUAAAGCACGUGGUUAUCAAGAAAUUAAUGGAAUGGUUGUUCUCGUGGUCUCUCAAUAAGUCUAUUUCAAAAGUGAACUUUAUAUCCGAA